CCAUUUCGGGCCGGGCGAGGAGAGGCGGAAUAGGGGUUGGGCUCUGGGUUUUGGAGGAGAGGAGUGCACGUCCGCCAGCCCCCGGGCUUAGGCAAAAUUCUCUAGAAUUUUUAAGCUAGAACAUGACAUUGGUAAGAAAUUCCGUGCUUGGGGCGGGGCCGGGGGUAGGGGGUUAGGAAUCCUGGCUCCUCCCCCAGCUCAGUUUAGGGGACGAGAGAAAGCCUGGCACCGAGUGAAGGCCGCUACUGUGAUCUCCGUGGGCGGUGGGUGUGUGGCGGGGGAGGCAUGGCCCAUCCAGAGGCUCUGGGAAAGGGCAGUCCUGCGUCCCCGCCGUUCCCUUGGCGACAGCGGCUGGGUGGGAGGGGGAGAGUGUGAGCCGCAGUCACUGGCGCCGCCCCCUCUCUCCGGCUCCACCCUAGCUCCGGCUCCACGUGGUUUUCACCACCCGCAGCGCAGACCGGGGUGGGGGAGGGGCCUCGCCACGCACCUCCGGGCUGGAGAGGGUGUGGCCGGGAGAACCGCGAGCCCCACAGGGGUCGGUCCGUGACUUCUUCUCGGAAAAGAGCGAGGAACGCGCUCUGUGGGCAACGGACUCCACAGGCUUCCGACGACAAACCGGGGACGGAGAGUCCGGGAGUCCUGAAAAGACAGGUGAGCGGCGCUAGGGGAAGGACAAGCCAGGGUCCCCAUCCGGACCGCCAUGGCCGUGCACGCCCGUCGUCUGUGCCACAUUGCCUUCCACGUGCCCGCGGGGCAGCCCCUCACCCAGGAUCUGCAGCGUGUCUUCGGAUUCCAGCCCUUGGCGGUGCGGGAAGCAGAAGGCUGGCGGCAGUUGGCCCUGCGCAGCGGCGACGCGGUCUUUUUGGUGAACGAGGGCGCAGGGCCGCGGGAGCCGCUGUACGGCCUGGACCCACGUCAUGCUGUGCCCAGCGCCACGAACCUGUGCUUCGACGUGGCGGACGCGGGCGCCGCCGCCCGGGCGUUGGUUGCGCGGGGCUGCAGCGUGCCGGUGCCCCCGGUUAGCGUGAAGGAUACGCACGGCACAGCCACCUACGCUGUGGUCAGCUCGCCCGCCGGCAACCUCAGCCUGACACUCCUGGAGCGUGCCGGCUUCCGAGGGCCUUUCCUCCCGGGAUUCCAGCCUGUGGCCUCUGCAGCCAGCCCGGGCUGGGUCAGCCACGUGGACCACCUGACCCUGGCCUGCACCCCUGGCAGCUCCCCCACACUGAUGCGCUGGUUCCACGACUGUCUAGACUUUCGCCACCUGCCACUGAGUCCAGGUGAGGAUCCGGAGAUAGGCCUCGAGGUGACAGCAGGAUCUGGGCGAGGGGGACUGAAGCUCACCGCCCUGCAGACCCCCCCAGGCAGUGCUGUCCCCACCCUCGUGCUGGCUGAGACCCUGCCAGGGGCUUCUAGUGGACAGGACCAGGUGGAGCAGUUCCUGGCCCGGCACAGGGGACCAGGACUGCAGCACGUGGGGCUCUACACGCCGAACAUCGUAGAAGCCAGUGAGGGGGUAGCAGUGGCUGGGGGCCGGCUCCUGGCUCCUCCUGAGGCAUACUACCAGCAGCCGGGCAAGGAGAGGCAGAUCCUAGCUGCUGGGCAUCAGCCUAGCCUGCUGGCCCGACAGGGGAUCCUGCUGGACGGUGAUGAAGGCAAGUUUCUGCUUCAGGUCUUCACCAAGUCUCUCUUUCCAGAGGACACCUUCUUCCUGGAGCUGAUUCAGAGGCAGGGGGCCACAGGCUUUGGCUGGGGCAACAUCCGGGCCCUAUGGCAGUCGGUGCAGGAGCAAGCCGCCAGGGACCGGGAAGCUUGAGGAAGGCUGGGGCUGGGGAGCACCGGGCCAGCUGGAACUGAGAAACACCUGCAGAGGCUUGGGGUGCUUUGUCCCCAGGGGCACCAUCUCUUCGGUGCCUACCAGAACUUGAAGCUCUCACUGGGACCCAAAGAGGUGGGAUUUUGUUUUGAACUAUGAACUGUUCUUAUGUCUUCUGUAACUAAUAUAUAUGCAAGAUACAAAGAAUAAUAAAGGAAUUACAUAAUUAGGAAAUAGAA